AUCUUUCGCACCCUGUUCACCUCCAACAGAAAAUUGUGGCUACCAAAAUGCCUCAUGAUUCUUUGUGUGGCUUAGGAACGUUACCAGAUAGGAUACCACGAUCUCUUUGCAGUUUGUACUGCUUGUUGUACUUGGAAAAACGUCGAAAGAAGAGGAGAGGAGCCGUUCUGGAGUGAGGAAGAUUUCCAGCCAUUGGAGCAAUUCUUCUCUUAUCUGUCUCUCCUGCAUCCUCCUUCUUCUCCUCUCUAGGGGGAAAGAGGGGGGGAAAGAGAGAGAUGGCCCUUGUUAGGCAACAAUUCAUACUGGGUGGUUGCCGCCACCAAUGCCACAGCCAUGAUAGCAACACCAAUUACAACAAGGAGGAGAAAAGAACGACGAAAAUGACAAGGGGAGCGGUCAGAAUCCCUCCUUCCUCCUCCUCCCAGUCUUUCGCUUCCUCAUUUUCAGCAUCGAGGGGACUAACAGCAGCAACAAAAGCAUCGGCCGCCUCUGCUGUCUGUGUGACACUGAGCACCAGUGGCACUUCUGCGGAGGGCAUCGCAGGGGACAUCAGGUGGGGAUGGAGCUGCUUGCAGGGGCCGAGGUCCGAGAUGGAAGAUGACGUUGUCGUUCGCUCCGAUUCUCUUCACGGCUUCGACUAUGCCGCCGUCUUCGACGGGCACGCUGGAUUUUCAUCGGUUCAGUUCUUGAGGGAUGAAUUGUACAAGGAGUGUUCUGCAUCUUUGCAAGGGGGAUUGCUUCUGAAACGUAAAGAUUUCACUACCCUAAGUAAAGCAAUACAGACAGCUUUUGCGAAUGCUGAUUCAAAAUUACUGAAUUGGCUGGAGGAAGUUGGGACAGACAUUGAUUCUGGUUCAACAGCUACAGUAAUGUUUGUAGGAGGUGACAUGCUGAUCAUUUCACAUGUUGGUGAUUCAUCUGUGGUUCUAUCACGUUCUGGAAAAACUGAAGUUCUUACCAGUCCUCACCGUCCAUAUGGCAGUAGCAAAACUUCUUUACAAGAGAUAAAAAGAAUCAAAGAAGCUGGUGGAUGGGUUGUGGAUGGACGGAUUUGUGGUGAGAUAUCUGUUUCUCGUUCAUUUGGAGAUAUACGUUUCAAGACAAAGAAAAAUGAGAUGUUGGAGAAAGGAGUUGAAGAAGGAAGAUGGACAAGAAAAUUUAUUUCCCGGGUGAAAAUGAAUGGUGACUGGGUUACUGCUACUCCAGACAUAUACCAAGUAGCUCUUGGCAUGGACGCAGAAUUUUUAAUCCUGGCAUCAGAUGGCCUCUGGGAUUACAUGAGCUGUUCAGAUGCUGUACGAUUUGUUAGAAAUCAACUUUGUCAGCAUGGUGAUGUUCAGUCCGCUUGUGAAGCUCUGGCCCUUGCUGCCUUGAAUCGAAAAUCGCAGGACAAUGUAAGUGUUGUUAUUGCGGAUUUAGGAAGAACGAAUUGGCAGGCAAUGCCUCCUGAUCAAGAACAAGUGAACAUCUUCAUUGAAUUCAGCCAAGCUUUUGCUACUAUAGGCAUAGUAUCAUUGGGAAUCUGGUUGUCACAUCAGUUUGUUGCAUGAAGUUGCAGCCUUUAAGAUAUGGAUGUAGACAACAUGCAAAGAUCCCGACAUCAUCUUUGUAAAUCAUUAUAUCCAUAGACAUUCUAAAGAUAAUGUGAAAUCAUAUUCCAUUGAGCAAUCUUUGUUCAGAGGGCAGAUGUUGUUUAAGGAGUGACCUCAUGUGUAUAUCCAGCCAGAAACUAGUGUUAACCACUAGUCAUGAUUAUCAAAGUUGCGUUGGAUGAUUACAGCCUUGAUUAUAUGCUAUGUCUUUCUAUUCA